UGACUCUAAAUCAUGGGCGGGUAGUUUCUGUCAAGAUCCCCUCCUUCUUUCGUUUUCUACACUUCAGAUAUUAAGUGUCCCGGGCUAACAACUCGUUUCAGAAUUCGCCUGCUGCGCUACACUGAGCUAACAGCAUUCACUGAAGUUAUUGGUAAAAUUCAGUGAAGCUUUGACUUUUGUAUUUUUAAACUGGCAGAGGGGAAAGUUUCACACGACAAUAAAGUUGUGCGUGGUAUGCAUGCGGUUCAAAAAGACACACAAGAAGACAUAUUAAACACUGUUGUAACACGUUUCAGACUUAAAUUGUGAGCAUGCGCUAAAGCUCCAAAUUCAAACAGUGAAUCUUUUUAAAAUACAUAUUUUUUGUUUUAAGAAAACACCGAUGAUAAGCAAAUCACUCGAAUAAUAGUAGGUGAUUCAGUAACACGGGAAUGAUGGUGGACAGGGGUCCUUUGUUAACAUCAGCUAUUAUUUUUUACCUGUCUAUCGGGGCGGCAAUUUUUCAAGUUCUUGAAGAGCCAAAUUGGAAGAGUGCUGUGCAUGACUACGAACUGAAAAAGAUUCAAAUUCUGAAGGAUUACCCCUGUCUCAAAAAACAGGACCUGGAAAAAAUACUCGAGGUGGUGUCCAGUGCUGCUGGACAGGGAAUCACCAUCACAGGAAACAAGACCUUCAAUAAUUGGAACUGGCCCAAUGCUGUCAUCUUUGCUGCUACAGUCAUCACCACAAUAGGUUAUGGGAACAUUGCUCCCAAGACCCCCCCGGGCAGGGUGUUCUGUAUAUUCUAUGGACUUUUUGGAGUCCCUCUCUGCCUCACAUGGAUCAGUGCUCUGGGCAAGUUCUUUGGUGGACGGGCCAAGCACUUGGGACAAUUUCUAACCAAGAGAGGUGUGAGCUUGAGGAAAGCCCAGUUCACCUGUACAGCCAUAUUUGUCAUCUGGGGGGGGCUAGUGCACCUGGUCAUACCCCCAUUUGUGUUCAUGGUGACAGAGGGCUGGUCCUACAUCGAGGGUCUCUACUUCUCCUUCGUCACCAUCUCCACCAUUGGCUUCGGGGAUCUGGUUGCAGGGGUUGACCCGAAUGCAGACUACCAUGUCCUCUACCGAUACUUUGUGGAGCUGUGGAUCUACCUGGGAUUGGCCUGGCUUUCCCUCUUCAUCAACUGGAAAGUCAGCAUGUUUGUGGCGGUCCACAAGGCCUUGAAGAAGAGGAGGAAAAGGCGCAAAGAGUCUCUUAUGGACCGGCAUCACCACCACAAGAGCAAGAAGGUCCUGCCCGUGGCCACAAACACAGCCAGCAACACCCCCACCAAAGACUUCAACAUUUUCAACUUCCUCUCCAAGAAGCAGGUGGGUUACAAUGAUUUGAUAAAGGAGAUCGGCACUAUAAACGGUAGAGCUGUGCGCAGAGGUAGCAACCACAACAAAAUCCUGAGCUUUGACAGUUCCCCUCGGCUGAAGAGGAGUUGCACCCAAGGUGACAUGGAGAUGUACUCCAUGAACAAACGCUUCCUGUACGAUAAUCCCUCCAUCCUGCAAGCUAUGGGGAACAGGGGCCUCCUGCACCCUCUGGGCGAGAAGGAAGAACUGGAACUGGAUAUAUUUGAGAACCAGCUGGACAAAGAUGAAAGGGAGAAUGGGGGCCGGUGGAACUCCAAGGGGUAUCAGGCUCUCAUUUUCCAGAACGCCAACAUCACCUUCAUUGAUGAGGAGAACCUGAUGGAGGAGGAGGAGGAGGAGAGCAAGGGGGAGUUCUCACUGGAUGACAAUGUGGAGUCGGAGCUGGAGUCCAAGGAAGAGGAGGAGAGAAAUUCAGAAUCCGAAGGGUCCUUCUUCACCACAGACAGUUCUGAGAAUUCCCUGUCUUAUGAGGAACUGGUUAGGGAGUAUGUCAAAGUUGAUAACACAGAUGUUCGAACCUGAGCUCUUAUUAAAUGGUUUGUUUUAAACAAUAUCAGAGACCAAAAAUGAGUAUUACUGGCUAAACCAACAUGGAUUCCAAAGCCGUUGCUAUGUGUCUGUAUUCAGUGUGCUUCGAGAGCUCACAAAGAUCGACAGCUGCUUUAUUACAAGCAUACGUAAUGGAUUGUCCACUGUGGCACAUCUGCAUGGAGAUACAGCUCAUGUUUCUUGGAGGCAGCUCUGUAUAACAGACUUGCCCAUGCCACUCAAACUGUGAAUAUGUAGUCCAUAAGAGACCUGUGAAAUAAUAGCUGCUUAGUACAUUUCUUAUAGCGACUGUAAAACUGGGACAUUCACCCUUUUGCUGCCAAAAAGGAAAUAAAAGAGAAUUGUGACUUUGUUUAUAUAGCUGCAACUUAUUAUUAUAUUUUAUAAAUGUCUCAAACAAGCAUACAGAAUAUUAUAAUAGUUAUUUUUAAAAAAUAUUUUUAUAUAAUAUUGCAUUAUAAAUGGUAAGGGUAUGACUCCACCAAAAAAGUCACUGACUGCCUUCAAGUUGAAGAUCCAAACAACUGAAUCAUAAUUCAGAGCUUUUAAAUCUGAUUUAAAUGUAUUUAUGAACUGCUGUAUAUGUGUGUUCUUUUUAAUGCCAUUCUGCAACACUGCCCGCUUUUUCUGGGACCUAAUAAUCCUAGAAGUACACUAACAACAGUUCUCAUCUAAAGCAGACAUUCCUGGGAUGAAGAUGCUGUUGUCUUCCUUUAGUGAUCCUGAACUACAAUGCUGCCAAAUGGAAUAUAUUUCAAAACUGAACUGUAUUUUUCCAUUUCUUCUAUUUCCAAUCUUAACGUGAAUAUUUUGUGCUGACUUUUUCAUGGAAGUGUAUUAGGAAGUAGUAAAUACUCUUUGGCUGUGGAAGUUGUGAAAACCUGAUUAACUGUAACCAGAGUCUGUAUUGUGCAUUCAUACUGUAAGCUCUUACCUGACUUUUUAUAACUGUGUUGCAAAAUUGAAACAGGCCUUAAAUGGUCUCUUCAGUUUCUGUGAGUGAAAGGGUAGGGUUAACCUAUGCUUGGUUAUGACAUUUGAUUUCUGUGAAUGUAUGUGUAUGUGCUUGUGUGGCAGAUGAUGAGUCAUUGCCAGGUUCCUCAGCUAAAGGACGAGAUCAAGCAUGCCAGCUGUUCAGAAGCUGAGCAGCUGGGGUAACUUUUGCUGCAGUUUAUCAGGAGUGGAAUUCUGGAGUCCCACUGUCAGUCUAGGGUUCUCCUGAGAGAGGUUUGGAAUUGCAGGCUUUAUCCCACAUAUUGGAACUGAGCCUUUUGUACAACUUUGUUUCCAGGUACCUAUUAAGUGGUCAUCCUGGAACUAAUGUGACUUUUGAUUUAGUCAUGCAUCUUUGUUAUUUUAAAUAAUUUUGUGUAAAUAUGUAGAUAUAUUUUAGUUUUUAGAUUUAAAAGAACCAUCUCUAUAGACCUUAGGAUUAAAAAUGAGCACUCCUGUAAGAUGGUGGGAUGAUUAUAACCAUGGUGCACGGUAACUUGUUGCAAACUUUGGGUGAAUAACACAUUUUAAUGGACUUUCGUUAGGACUUUGGCUAUCUGGCCUUACAAAGAUGUGUUAGUUGUCUUGGUGUUAUGUCUUAAUACUGUGCCUGGUUGUACAGCAUCAUUGGGGAUGAAAACAUAUACUUAAAUUGGUGGGAAACAACUAAUCAACAAACUGAUUCAAUGUUUUUGUAUUUUUUUCCCCCAUUUUGUAUGUCAGUACAAACACUGUAACUGUAACGUGGGUCCUAUUAAAAAGCACACUUCUUUGAUUCUUUUAAAUGAAUACUCCAGGCCAGAAUUAUUUAUGGCUAAGAAAGUCUUCAGAACCUUAUUUAAACCUUGUGAAUAGGACCUAGACUUUGUACCACAGGGUGUGAAUCAGAAACUGGUAUUGAAGUGACAGGGAAGGAAAUGCAGGCUGGGGAAAGUUGGUUUUAGGAAUAUCACACAAGAUAAUUUACAGGAUAUAUAUAUAUAUAUAUAAUUCAAUCAAACUCUCAUGAUUGAUUGUAUAAGAAGUAUUUCUUAAAGUUUUACCAUUUUUGUUACUAAAUGUUUGUAUAACUAACUCCAGUGUCAGUAAUCAUGUUUUCUUUUUUUUUUUUAAAUAUUAUUUCUGCAUACUAUUCUGUACAAACUGAAUAAAACAAAUGUACAUAAUUUAUUUCAAUGUUUUUAAAUAAAAUAA